AUGGCGCCGUCUACCCUGACUGAAGUCUUCGGUGAUGGCAACAACGCCUACUUUAGCAAUGGCAGGAUCGACAGACUGGCCUUCCUGCGAAUGCAGCAUGAGUUGAUGCACAAGGCAUCGACCAGCUCAAGCGCAAAGUACUGGACAUUCAAUGAGCUGAAUGCAUUGAGAGAUUGGGAUGGGAAGUUCGCCUACGUCGACUACGAAGACGUAGCGGACUUCAUUGGACAGCCAUAUCAUAAGGACGAGAAGCCUCAGAUCCAGGAGUUCGACCCAGAUCAGCAUCAUCCAUCGCUUGUAUUCCUUGGCCUGGACCUCGAGGGCGGUUGCAGAAGUAAUGCCGUGCAACUAGGCCAUUAUCGUGGACAGCCCUACUUCGCUCUUGACGUAACCUCAAGCCAUUACGAUGCCUUCAGAGCAAAGCAAGCAGAGAAGGGCAGAGACCACACUCCGACCAGAAUCGAUCUCAAGCUUGAUCGCAACGACUCUGCUAUUCUCAGCCAUGCUCGCUCGCUACUUGACUGGAAUACCAGGAACCGUUUCUGCAGUGCUUGGGGCGGUCGGACUCUGUCCAGCAACGCUGGCCACAAGGUCGUCUGUCCACCCAAUGAUGCUGGCAUUCCUCGGAAGCGGUCGUGUCCUACUCGCAUCGGUCUGCACAACCAGGCCUUUCCUCGCACAGAUCCUACAGUCAUCAUUGCCCCAAUCUCAUACGAUGCCAAGCGAGUCUUGCUGGGGCGAGGAAAACGCUGGCCGGAGAAAUACUUCAGCUGUCUUUCCGGAUUCGUCGAACCAGGCGAGUCACUCGAAGUCGCAACAAGGCGAGAGGCAUUUGAAGAAACUGGUGUCAGGAUCGAUCGCGUUCAGCUCCACUCCUCGCAGCCAUGGCCAUACCCUUCGACCUUGCUCAUCGGUGCGAUGGGACAGUGUAUGGACGGCGUGGAGAACAUCACAUACCCCGAGACCGAGCUGGAAGAGGCGAAGUGGUUCGAGCUGGAUGAGAUCGAGCACGCUCUCAACAAUGGCGCCAAUCCCAUGUGGGAGCCACCGAUCAAGGGUUAUGUUGGACCACGAGUCCCACCCGGACAGCUCAUGGCGCAUCAGGUGCUGCGCGGUGUGCUGAAGCUGUUUCAUAGGCGGUGA